CGCACGAAAAAAUAUUUGGAAAAGGCUCCGCGGUGCUGCUCCAUCGUCCGUGUGUGCCUGCGCGGAGUGACAAAGUUUGCCCACUGCGCUCCUCUAUAGAGGUUUGGACUGCUGGAGGACCGGACUGCUUUAUCACCGACCAUCCUUAUCUGGACAAGAACUUCUACAGUUGUUAUCUUCAAAAGGGAACAGAAAGGUUCUUCAGGAGACUUUAAAAGAAGCUUUACGCGUGGAGAGUAUCCCCCUAACAGGACUGAGACCAACCCAGAAAAAGUCACCUCAGUGAUUUCCAGUUUCCACAAAGGACCUAAAAAUCCGUGAAAAUGUACCAGAGUCUGACCUUGUCCUCCAACCAAUCCGCUUACUCGCAUGACAGCGGAAAUUACCUGCACCCCUCGGCCAGCUCUCCGGUCUACGUCCCCACCACCAGAGUCCCGGCCAUGUUGCCCACGCUGCCCUACCUGCAGACCUGCGACUCCCCCCAUCAGUCCCACGGCCUCGGCGGACCCCACGGCUGGCCUCAGAGCGCCACGGACGGCUCUUCCUUCACGGCCAGCAGCCCUCACCCUUCCCACGGAUUCUCCUACUCGCACAGCCCGCCGGUGAGCUCCAACACGGGCAGGGACGCCGCCUACCAGAGCCCACUGGUACUCGGGAACGGAGCCCGGGCGGAUCAGUACGGAGGCGCUCUGGUGCGCUCGGUUGGAGGCUCCUACUCCAGCCCGUACGCGUACGUGAGCCCCGAGAUGGCGACGUCCUCCUGGACACCGGGACCCUUUGAGAGCGGAGUGAUCAGUCUGCAGGGCCGGCAGGGAGGUCUGUCCGGGAGGAGGCCCAGUCUGGAGGUGAUGGAUGACAUGCCCACCGAGGGCAGAGAAUGCGUCAACUGCGGCUCCGUGUCCACGCCGCUGUGGCGCAGAGACGGUACCGGACACUACCUGUGCAACGCCUGCGGACUUUACCACAGGAUGAACGGAAUCAACCGGCCGCUCAUCAAACCGCAGAAACGACUGAAAAAUGACAGUUUCCCGUUCACAUGUCCCCUCCUGCAGCAGACCACGUCCCGCCGGGCUGGACUCUGCUGCAGCAACUGCCACACCAGCACCACCACGCUGUGGAGACGCAACGCCGAGGGAGAACCGGUGUGCAACGCCUGCGGCCUCUACAUGAAGCUACACGGGGUCCCCAGACCUCUGGCCAUGAAGAAAGAAAGCAUCCAGACCAGGAAGCGCAAACCCAAGAUGCCCAAGAAUAAAACCUCCACAGGAUCCAACACCUCCAACACCAGCUCCCCGACCUCCCUGUCAGUCUCAGAACACGCCUCCACCAUAAAGAGUGAACCCAACAUGGCUCCAUCACCGUACGCCGGACAGACCGUCACACCUGCAACCCGGACAACUUCUCAGUUAGACGGCGCAGGAUCAGGACACGUGGACAUUAAAUAUGAGGAUUAUCCCUUUACCCCGACCUCCAUGGCUACACAGAACUCCUGGUGCGCUCUGUCCCAAGCAUGAGCCGGCAGAACCGUCCUCGUAAUGACUCGGUUUGGCUUCAGUCGGCCUCCUGCAGCUGCUCAAUGUGACUCUUGAGCUGUGGAGGAACUAUGUUGAACCAAAAGGAGCUAAUGCUGAAGGCUAAAGGCUACCUGAGGGCGUCUAAUCUACUCGCUAUAAACACAUUGGCUCUGUAAGACUCGACUUCAACACUCGGACUGCAGUGUUUAUUAUCCACAGCGAAGACAUUGGAUGCUGAUGAUCCAACAAGCUAAAAUUUCCUCAACAGGACAACAACAACUACCUAUUGCUAAAUAAAAAAGUUUAUUUUUGGAGACACCAGACACACCAAUGCAAAGACAAUCAAGUGCAAUGCAGAAAGCUGUGGGUACAGAAAACCCUUUAAUAACUCAUAAGUGAGUUUACUUUCAUUUUGGAGCUGCUUCGUGGGGUUUAUCAAGAACACAUGGACAUUUUAAACAUGUUAUUCUCACUGCAAGAGAGAAGACAGACAGAAAAUACCUUUUUUAUGGCUGUCGAACACGUCUCAUUACCGAUGUGUAGAUGAUUAACUUUUAUAGGCACAUUAUUUAUGUUGAGAUAAGGACAGUUAAAAGUCAUUGUGGACACUAAAAGCAGCCAGUCAUUACCCGCCGCUCACGGUUUCCCCCUCGCCGAGCGGCCAUUUGGAUCUGAGCUGUGACGCUUAGAUUAUAUUAGAUUUGUUUUUACAAGAUGCAGCAGGUAUAAACGGCGUCUUGUGACAAAAUCAGGAUCAGUGAUCAGAAGUUUUUCAUUUUACUGCUUUGGAAUAAUGACAGAUGUAUUUUUUCUUUUCAGAAAUUAAAGGCAAAACAAUAAAAGUGUGAAAUUA